UUGAUUUUAGUCAAAAACAGAACAUUCUAUUUAAGCAAACUGCAUUCCUUCCUUAAAAGUAAACUGAAUCAUUGUUUGUGUUUUUGUGUCUGGAUUUUGUGAGAGUGAAGAUGGGUCUAAGUGGGAAAGUAGAGGCUGAAGUAGAGAUCAAAGCAUCUGCAGAAAAGUUCUUCCAUGUCUUUCGAAAGCAACUUCAGCAUCUUCCUAAUAUCUCCUCCCAAAGGAUACAUUCAGCUGUUGUUCAUGAAGGUGACUGGGAAAAUGUUGAUGCUGUAAAACACUGGGAGUUUACCGUAGAAGGAAAGAAGACAAGUGCUAAGGAGAAAAUAGAAGUUGUAGACGAUGCUAACAAGACAAUAAUAUUCAGCAUCUUUGAUGGGGAAAUCGGUGAGAGCUACAAGAGUUUAAGGGCCACCCUGCAAACAAUUGAUAAGGAGAAUGGGGGGAUUGUGAAAUGGACCUAUGAAUAUGAAAAACUAUCUGAGAAUAUUACUGCUCCAUCUCCUCAAUCAUUCUUGGACUUUGUUAUUUUGGUCACUAAAGAUAUUGAUGAUCAUCUUGUCAAGCCAUAAAAACA